AUGGAGCAACAGCCCCUUAACCCCCAACCCCAGCAAGGGGAUCUCAACUGGCGCCUGAGUGCGCAUCCGAUUACGUUGCUUUGUUUCCUGGGCUUCCGCAUCGGUGCCUUACUGAUGUACCUAUUUGGCGUUCUAUUCAUUAAGAAUUUUAUCUUGGUCUUCAUCCUCACCCUACUCCUCCUCGCAGCAGACUUCUAUUAUCUAAAAAACAUUGCCGGACGUCGCCUGGUUGGACUUCGCUGGUGGAACGAAGUGAAUACGGCGAGCGGCGACUCGCAUUGGGUGUUUGAAUCCUCGGACCCGACGACUCGUACGAUCACGGCCACAGAUAAGCGAUUCUUCUGGCUUAGCUUGUAUGUGGCGCCUGCGCUUUGGGUUGGACUGGCGGUUCUAGCCAUCAUCAAACUGAGCAGUGUCAUUUGGUUGAGCCUGGUUGCCAUUGCCCUCGUCUUGACCAUCACCAACACCCUUGCCUUCUCGCGGUGCGACCGCUUCAGUCAAGCAUCCACCUUCGCGAACAGGGCACUGUCGGGGGGGAUUGUGAACAGUAUCGCAGGGGGUCUGCUGGGCAGACUCUUCAAGUAA